CUCAAAAUUCAAGUACUCUAAGAGGGUUUGUGCAUAUUUCUUAAGACAGAGAAAAAGAUGUCUUCCAUGGGUGAACUUGCUUGUACUUACGCUUGUUUAAUCCUUCAUGAUGAUGACAUUCCUAUCAAUGUUGAGAGAAUUGACACACUUAUAAAAGCAUCAAAUUUAAAGGUGGAAUCAUACUGGCCGAGCCUCUUUGCAAAACUUUGUCAGAAGAUGAACGUGGAUGAACUUGUCAUGAACGUUGGCUCUAGCGGAACAGCAGCGUCUACCAACGCUGUUCCACCUACUACUAGUAACGAUGCCGCCACUGCACCUUCUGCCAGUGACAAGAAGAAGGAGGAAAUAAAAGAAGAGAGUGAUGAUGAGGCGAUGUUUAGCUUGUUUGAUUAGAGUUGCAGAA